UCGUGUCGCUCACAAACUCUGGCAGGCUGUAGAUUCAGAACUAAUGCAAUAUUGUAGCAUCGAUGAACACUCCCUGGUGGUUAUUAUAUUUGAUUGUAAACGACUGAGGCUAAAUAGGCGAUGUCCCACAGUCCUGCUGUUCAAGAGUAUAUUAUCCGUGUUAGUGUGUUGCAGCAAAAAUAAACGGGAGUCUGGGAACACCUGAAAGGCUAGUCAAAUUUUAUCCCCACAAAAGCUUCAGUCCCCAAGAAAUCCAUUACUCUUUAAAGGUACCCGGUGAUAUUCUUUCCUUUUCUAUGGAAAGCGGCUGUGGCGAAGAAGCAUCUCGCAAUCCAGUCCAACCCACUGUGUGAAACCCCAAGCCUUACCUAAAGGCUUCGUUUUUCUGGGAGGAUAUUUGAGAAGGCUAUGACUGAAGCAUUUCUUCCAUUCAGAGACGACUGACCAGAGCCUACACUUUCUUCCUGCAAUGGAAACCUAGCUGGCUUCUCUACCAUGCCAAAAGCCAACGUCAAAGUGAGCAAACAUUCAGUACUGCCUCCCAUCAUCCCUGAGAGGGAGACGAAGUUUCUUGAGAACAUCCAGAAAUUCAUUGUUUCAGAAAUUGAGAAAGUAGGCUGUACCGAGGCAGGGCCUGCUGAGGAGUAUUACGUCAUAUACAGAAAUGUGUUUGAAAUGAUAAUUGAGCAUGUCAAGGCAUAUAAGAACAUCCUGACUACAAUCAAGCAGGAAUACGAUGCCUUUGUAGAAGCAUUAAAGAAAGGCCAGAGAACUGCAUUCUGUCUUCGUGGAAGAUUAAAAGUGUUAGCAUGUGAACCUACAACUCUCAUGUAUUACAAGAAGAGAAUUACAGAACUGGAAGAGACGAUAAAGAGAACUCAGAGAAAUUCUGAAAGAAUUGAAAACUUAAUACAGAAAAUAAGAAUAUUUAGAACACCACCUGCAACUGAAGCUCCACCUCCAUGUAGAAAAUUUGACCCUUCUAAGGCCUUACCAGGCCUCAACCAUAAAGAUUCCUUCAACAUGGAUGCCCUUGCUAAGCACCUUGCUCAUCUGGAAAAGCGGAUGCUAGAGCUGAAGGAUGACAUGUUGACAAAAUAUCUCCCCGUGGAGAACAUGGCUGUUAUUGAAGAGCAGCUGCAUCAUGCCCUGAACCGGCGAGAUACGUUGGAGGCAGAGAAUGGGGAGCUGAGGCAUUGCUAUUACCGAAAACUGCAGUUUGUGAAUGCAGUAAAUUCGUGGGAGUACACAGACAAGAGUCUUGAAAGUUUGAAGCAAAUGAUUGUUCAGAUAAGAGUACAUCAACAAGCAGCUGUACAUGGUUCAAUUACCUCCAGCAGCUCGGGCCUAUUUGAACAUGAUCCCACCCAAGCCAAGGAGGCAGCAGACAUGAUUGAAUAUGUUGAAAGAUUCAAUGAGUUAUUCGCCCGUGGAAAGUAUGACUCUGCGGCAAUAUUUGCAGCAAACUGCCCAAGAGGAAUUUUACGGAAUGAAGAGACCUUGGAGAAAUUCAAGGCUGUCGGCAGUGUUAAAGGGAAGAUGCUCCCUCUGCUUAUGUAUUGUGAAGCUCUCGUGAGCACGAGCAUGGCUCUCAAGCAUCCCCUUCCUGCAAAUUUGACGACAGAAGCCAUCAAAUGUGCCUUAGCUGAGAAACAGCUGGGUCUGGUGAUGUACUGGAUCACCCAGCAAAAACUGUCACUCAAUGAGGAAGCAGGUAAUGCGCUCUAUGCCUAUGCAGAGGAAGAUAAACAUAAUACAUCCAAAGCUCUCGCUUUGGCUCAGAUUGUCUACAGCCGGUGCGGGGCUCACAAGAAAGCUGCUCUGUGCUUGUGCAAACAAGGCCAGUUCUCUGGAGCUAUGGACUACAUCCACCAGUUCAAGCACUUUCCCACAGAUGAUUAUAUCUACCUGGUGAAGAACUGUCCUAAUGUAAAGCUCAUCCGCUGCCUUACUCAAGAAUACAAUGGGAAACCGCCCGCCUUGUCCCUUGGAGCAACGGUGCUCUUUCUCUCCAGAAUGGGAACUAAACCGUAUUGCACAAUGCAGUAUUGGAGGAAAUUUCAUUAAGGAAGUGAGAGAUGUGUUGGAACAAAUGAUGAUAAAUGAUUCACGCUGUACUGUGGAGGAGUGGAAAGAGAUAGCCGAAAUAUGUUACCGAAGCAGGAAAAUAAAACUGGGC